CGGACAUCGUGUGAGACAGAGAUGAUUCAACCUGCACUAACACGUUUACUCUUUGUGUUUGGACUCUUCCAGAAAGGUCUAACAUCUGUAAUCCAGUCUGUGGAGACUGUGGAGGAGGCAGUGGGAGAAGAUGCUCUCCUCAGCUGUCAGGUCCUAAAGUCUGAACAUGUGGUGCAGGUCACAUGGCAGAAACAGACGAUGGAUGACGUGACCAAUCUCGCCACCUCCAACACUGUCUCUGGCUCCAGGGUGAUGUCAGACUUCAGAGGCAAAGUGGAGGUGAAAGAUGGUGGACUGCACAGCCGCUCCAUAGUGAUCAAGAAUGUGACGGAGGAGGAUGAAGGCUGCUACCUCUGCCACUUCAUCACCAAACCUGCUGGAGCACUCCCUGGCAGAACCUGCCUCAAGGUCUAUGAGCUGCAUGAACCCGUUCUACACGUGAGAGAAUCAAGUUCAACUGAUGAGUUCCUGGUUUCCUGCUCCGCCACAGGACGACCUGCUCCAACCGUAACUCUCCACGUCACACAGCAAGACUUCUACCUCUCACAGAACCAAACUGUGUUGAUCAACACAAACGGUACAUUCACUGUCACUGCCACAGCCGUGUUGGCAGGUUUCCAUGAUGCUGGCACACUGGUUGGAUGUGCCGUGCAGGUGCUCUCCUUUCGUAAAGAGGCGUUUGUGGAGAUUCCUGACGUGAAAGUGACGCCUACUAGUGGUGAGAAACACUUCUACAGCCACACAUUCAUAGACUGUAGGGGACCGGUACAAGUGUGAAGACGCUCACUCAUUUCAGUCUGUUGUGUGGAAACACUUCAGUUUCACAGAAACGAGUUUAGUGCAAGCACAGCAUUAAACCCUCUACAAGUUUUACAGUUUGUACAGUUAAUUUUCUACAUGCUGCAAUUUAAUCGAUAUUUAUUUUACUAUUUUUAUAGUGUUUAUUUUUGUUAUUUUCCUUUUGUAAAAAUUACUUAUGUAGGAAGACACAGCCAUAGUUAACCAGGGUUGAAAUAAAAAUAAAUAAAAGAUCAGUUAAAUGCCCAUUUUACCACAGUUGAUAUGGUUCCUUGGGGUCUUAAUGAAAUUUCUGUUUCUGUUUUCUGGUCAAAAUACCACAAGGAUCAUUUAAAACAGCACCUUUUUACCCUGUCUAAAACAGCUCUCCUAAGAUUGACCUUAGCUCACGAGCUAACGCUAGCUGGGGAGCCGGAGGACGCGUUAGCUCGCGUUACCUCGCAAGCUAAUGGGAGCCGGGUCGUCUCUCCCCGGAGCCGGUGAGAUGAUGGUGGGGGGUGGUCCAAGGCCAUGUAGCGAGACUCCCUACAUGGGCCUGGUGUGACUAUUACGUAUUUUUCGCUCGUAAUCCCUUUCGACGCACUCUAGCGUAUUGCUUCUGACAUAGAGGAACCACAACAAAUCGUGGGAGUUGGUUUUUUCAAGAGUUUUUGGGAUGGUAGACAUGCCAGAUACCCAAAUGAACGUGUAGAAGCACUACAAAGGUGGGAUUUUCAUAAUAUGUCCCCUUUAACGGUUUUCUGCGCCUUCUUUCUUCCGUACGGAAAACAUGUCGAACCGUGACCUCGA